AAUGAAACGCCCAUAUGAGUUUUUCUUCCGGGUUACGAUCAUGGCGUGUUGCUGAACAACAUGUGAGUUUUGCCGGAGAUUUAAUACGUCAAAAACAUCAACGGAACAACAUCAAACAUGGCAUCAGUGGAGGAGGACUUCCCUCGAGGAGGAACAGCAAAGAAGCCCACAGAGAGUAAAAUAGUGGUUCAGCGGACUGAAGUGGACAACUUGUUCCAGUCGAACGAAAAAGCAGAAACCAAGAAAAGGAAGGGGGCGGUCAAAGAUGACGGAAAGAAGCUCAAGAAGCCAAAGACGGGCAAAGGAGAUGGUCUGACGCUAAAUGCAGCAGCCAAGUGUGUGGAAAUUCUACACAUCAAGAAUGUGAAGGAGGGUAUCCUGAUGCUGGGCUGUGUGAAGGAGGUGACUGACUUUGAGGUGACAGUCAGCCUGCCCUGUGGCAUGCAAGGCUUUCUCAGCAUCAAGAACAUCUGUGACUCGUACACCAAGCUCCUCAGCGAACAACUGGAGUCAGCUGAUACAGAGGAGAUCUGCUCUCUGCCACACAUAUUCUACCCUGGCAUGGUGUUCAGGUGUGUGGUUGCCAAGUUAGAUGUAGCCAAAGGAGGCUCUCUUAGCAUCCAGCUGUCAAUCAAUCCAAAGCUGAUCAACAAGGCUCUCACAUCAACCUCUCUGAAAGCUGGCAUGGUCUUGAGCGGAUGUGUGGAGAGUGUGGAGGAUCAUGGCUACAUAGUGGACAUUGGCAUCAAUGGAACCAAAGCCUUCCUGCACAAGAAAGCAGUGAAAGAUAAACACAACUCAGAAGAUCUGACUGUGGGUCAGUAUGUGACUUCUCAAGUGGAGGAAGUAAAGAACGAUGGACGUGUGGUCCGCCUUUCUGUCAGCCCCCCGGCCGUCGCCCAGGCUUGUGCUGAAUCCGAGCAGGGCUGGAACCUCACUAACCUGCUGCCUGGGCUUCUGGUCAAAGCUACGAUCAAAAAGGUGACCAAACACGGCCUGAUCCUGGACUUCCUGUCCUCCUUCAGUGGCCAGGUGGACUUUCUCCACAUGGAGCCAGGGCAGACAUCAAGCUACACCGAGGGAGCUCAGGUGCGGGCCUGUGUGCUGUAUGUGGAGCCGUCCACCCGUCUGGUGGGCCUGAGCCUGCGCAGCUACCUCCUUCAGCCCGGGACCAGAGUUGACCCGUCUCCUGCUGGAGGUGACCGCAUUGGUGAGGUGGUGCAGAACUGCAAGAUGACCACUAUGCACCACAUGUCUGGAGCCAUGUUGGAACUGCCAGACAAAACUUUGGCCUUUGUACAUAGGAACCACCUGAAGGAGUCUAAUGAGCCAGCCAAUGAAAACAGAGUGCUGGCCAUGACUGAGCACACCUGCAGGAUCCUGGACUUCAGCGCCAUGGACCAAAUUCAUUUUGCUUCUCUGCGAAAGAGUGUGAUUGACAAGCGUUUUUAUAGAUAUCAUGAUCUUCAGGCCGGACAGAUUGUAGAGGGGACAGUGUCCGUUCUGCUGAAUCACGGCAUGGUGGUGCAUCUGUCCGACCACAUCAAAGGCCUGGUGCCCCGGACACACCUGUCUGAUAUCCUCCUUAAGAAUCCAGAGAAGAAGUACAUAGAGGGCAUGAAGAUCAAAUGUCGGGUGCUGUCAGUCGACGCAGAGAAUAAGAAGCUGUAUCUGACCAGGAAGAAGGCCCUGGUCGAAAGCUCUCUGCCAUUGUUCCUCAGCUAUACCGAUGCCCGUCCUGGCCGCGUCUCCCACGGCUACAUUGUCUGCAUCAAAGACUUUGGCUGCAUCGUUCGUUUCUACAACAACGUCAAGGGUCUGGUGCCGCUCAGCGAGCUCAGCUCGGAGCCCGUCCUCAGUCCUGAGGAGUUCUUCUAUGUGGGGCAGGUAUUUAAGGCUAAGGUUCUUCAGUGUGACCCCGACAAGGCGAAGAUGUUGCUGUCAUUUAAGGCCGCGGCGGAAGGAGACACUGAGGAAGCUGCCACGGCCCAGUUUGACUGUGAGGUGGGGAAGAGGCUGGAGGCCAAGGUGCUGAAAAAGUCAGUCAACGGUCUGGAGGUGGCCAUCCUCCCUGAUGAGGUCCGAGCCGUACUACCCACGAUGCACCUUUCCGAUCACCUCUCCAACUGCACUCUGCUGUGGGAGAGCCUGCAGGAGGGAGACGUCAUCUCAAACGUCAUGUGCUUCAACAAGAACAAACUGAAUAUUACCCUCACCAAGAAACCAACAGUGAGAUGGUCCCUGGAGGAAGGAGUGGUUGCCAAGGACUUCUCUGAAAUCACAGUUGGAAUGCAGCUGAUUGGCUGGAUCAAGAACAUCAUGUCUUAUGGCGUCUUUGUGGAGUUCCCAUACGGGCUUGUUGGUCUUGCACCCAAGUCGGCCAUGACCGACAAGUUCAUCAGCGAUACGAUAACCGUCUUCCAGCCGGGCCAGACGGUGCUCGCAAAAGUGACCAACCUGGAUGAGGAAAAGCGGCGUUUCCUGGUCACGCUGAAGAUGUCGGAGGUCAUAUCUCCAGAGGGUGAUGUCCAGACCAGACUCAUCAAUGGUCUGCAGGAGAGAAAAGCUGUGGCUGAAAUGUUAGCUGUGAGAGAGAACAGUGAUCUCCGCCAGCAGCUGGCCGCUCUGUCCAUUGGUCAGAAGCUGAAGCUGACUGUAGAUACUGCGAAGGACUGCGCUGCCACCUUUAAGUCGGAUGAUUUGGCCGGUGCUACCAUACUAGCCGCCAAGCACCAUGUCAUGGGUGUUAAUUUGACCCCAGGACAGAAAGCUACUGCGGUCAUCCUCCGUGUUGACAUCCUGUCGACAUGUGUCCAUGUGUCCCUCCUUCCCAAGCUGAUGGCGAAGAAGAAAUCUUUAGCUGAAGGAUCAAAGUACACGGCGAUGGUGCAGCACAUCGACCGAGACUUUGCUGUCGUCUCGCUGGAAGACACGGCACAGCUGACCGUGAUCCAAACCAGCAGCCACCUGAAUGAGACGUUCCUGUCCGAGUCAGAGAAGCUGAAGGCGGGGAUGAGUUUGGCCGUCGAGGUUAUAGAGCCCAGCUGUCAGGAACUGCAGGGGCUCUCCCUAGUGUCGUGGCAGCGCACCGCACCAAACCGACAGCGCACCACCUCGGAAAAUCAGACGAGCUCUAAGGGUUACUGCUUCGGUGAAAUCGUGCGGGGUAAAGUACGGACCGUGAAGCCCACCUCCCUUCAGGUCACACUAGAGGAUGGAAGCACCGGCAGCGUGCACGUGUCUGAGGUGGUGGAGGUUGCAGAUGUGUGUCAGGGAUCUUUCCCCACUGCCUCUGUAAAAGUGGGCAGUGAGGUCACCGCCAGGGUCAUCGGAGGGCGAGAAGCCUCCAGUCACAGAUACUUGCCCUUCUCCCAUCCCAAAUUUACAUACACCAUUCCUGAGCUCACACUCGUACCCAGCAAACUUGAUAAGUGUCCAGUUCUCAAAGCAGUUACAGUAAAAGAGAAAAUAAACCGCUAUAAGGUCGGGGAAGAAGUGACAUGCUUUGUAUCAAAGUUUAAUCCAGUGAGGAAGAUUUUGGAGGUCACCACUGAUCCUUGUGUUACUGGGACAGUUGAACUUCUGGCCAUGAUCACCGAUCCAAAAGAGGCCAGCCACCCAGAGAAACUAUACAAGCUGGGCCAGGCAGUCCAUGCCAAAGUGGUAGAAGUGAUCUCCAAACCGCAACGCUUUAUGCUGUCACUCACAGGUGUCCAUAAACUGGAGAAAAACAGUGUAGCUUUGGGGAUAGUGACUAAUAUUCAGCCACAAGUUGGCCUCCUGGUCAAACUUCCCUUUGGCGGCAUGGGAACUGUUGAUGUGACUGACCUGGCUGAUGCCUACAGGCCAAACCCCCUGGAUGGGUACAGCAAGGAUAAGCUGCUCAGGUUUUUCCUUUUUGGGGAAGAAAAAGGCAAGUGGCAGUUGUCCCUACGCCCAUCAAGGCUGAACCCACAGCAGGCCAAGCCAGCGAAGGACCCAGAAGUUUUGUCUGUAGACCAACUGAAGGCAGGCCAGAUCAUCAGAGGCUACGUCAAGUCUGUGGGAGAGCAGGGGGUCUUCAUCAGGUUGUCAAGAAGCAUCACAGGAAGAGCCCAACUUCAGCAGUCCACCAAGUACUUUGUUAGCCACCACAAAGUCCUCUCUGAGCACCUGACUCCCAACACCCUGCUCACUACCAAGAUCCUCAGUAUUGACAUAGAGGAGGAGUUGGUCCACCUCUCGCUGCUCCCAGAGGACACCGGGAAGCCAGACGUCCUUCCAGAGUCUCUCGGUCUGCCGCUGCGUCUGAUCGGAGAGGAGAAGAAGGAACAUGACACUAAGAAGAAGAUGAAACGUGCAGUGUCUGAGAGCGAGCAGAAACAAGAAGAGUCCCAGGUCCCCAAGAAGAAGAAGAAGAAAACCAAGAAAGCAAAGACUGACGACAGUGACAGCGGAGUGGAGGUGUACUUCAGAGAAGAAGAAGACAAGGAAGCUGAAGAAGAACCCACAUCUAAUUCUGUAAAACAGGUGACGCACAGCUCAGCGGGUCCAUGCAGGCUGCAGGUGGCAGCAGGUUUCUCCUGGGACGUGGGACUGAGCUCCCUGAAGCCUGCCUCUGCAGCGCAGGAGGGGGACUCCAGUGAUGGAGAGGACCAAGAUGGAAGCAGCAAGCCCCAGAAAAAGUCUCGUCAUGAACUUGAGCAAGAGAAAAAGGCGGCAGAGAAGGCCCUGGUACAGCGUGAGACCGAGCUGAUGGAUCCGAGCCUGCGACCCCAGGACGCAGCCGCCUUCGAGCGCCUGCUCCUCGCUUCACCCAACAGCUCGCUGCUUUGGCUCCAGUACAUGGCUCACCAUCUACAGGCCACCCAGAUCGAGCAGGCCCGCGCUGUGGCCGAGAGGGCCAUCAAGACCAUCUCCUUUAGGGAAGAGCAAGAGAAGCUGAAUGUGUGGGUGGCCCUGCUGAACCUGGAGAACAUGUACGGCACAGAGGAGAGCCUGAAGAAAGUGUUUGAGCGGGCGCUGCAGUUCUGCGAGCCCAUGCCCGUGUACCAGCAGCUGGCUGACAUCUACGCAAAGUCCGACAAAACCAAGGAGGCGGAGGGCCUGUAUAAGACGAUGGUAAAGCGUUUCCGUCAGAACAAGGCAGUGUGGCUGAGCUAUGGGACCUUCCUGCUCCAGCAGGGUCAGAGUGACACUGCCAGUGCUCUCCUGCAGAGGGCGCUCAAGAGUCUGCCUUCCAAAGAAAGUGUGGAUGUGAUCGCCAAGUUCGCUCAGCUGGAGUUCCGUUAUGGUGAUUCAGAGAAAGGUCGCACCAUUUUUGACAAAGUCCUGACGAGCUACCCGAAACGCACAGACCUCUGGUCCGUCUUUAUCGACCUUAUGGUCAAACAUGGAUCGCAGAAGGAAGUUAGGGCGCUCUUUGAUCGCGUGAUCCACCUGAGUGUUUCAGUAAAAAAGAUCAAGUUCUUCUUCAAACGUUACUUGGAGUACGAGAAGAAGCACGGCACUCCGCAGAGCAUCCAGGCAGUCAAGGAGAAGGCCAUGGAAUUUGUGGAAGCUAAAGGCACAGAGGCUGCCAACUAAUGACCUAAUACACCCAUUGUGUAUGUAUGUGUGUGUGUGUGUGUGUGUGUGUGUGUGUGUGUGUGUGUGUGUGUGUGUGUGUGUGUGUGUGUGGACUGCAGUGUCCUGACACGGCUGUUAGGAAGUUUAAGUUUGUGGCUCCAGGUACAGGUUCAUCAAUAUGAUUGUUUUUUUUUUUUAUUGUUGUGGACUUGGGACCUCUGAAGCUGAAAGUCAAACCAUUUGUAAAGUAGGUUUGUAAUUAUCUAUAAAUGUAAAAAAAAAAAUUACAUUUCAUUUUAGUCAAUUUUGUAUGUGAAUGAGCUAUGAAGAGAAUAAUUAAUGUUGUAAGUAUUUAGUUUACUGCAUAUUUGAAUGGAUUUAUUUCUUUUCAAAUGUGUGGUAGCAUUUUCUAUUAAUCUGGCCGGCCUUUCAAUAAAUCCAACACAAUUACAAUACA